GGGAACAAAGGGGUCUUUGUUCCCAGCUCCUGGGGGGCGGGAGUUGAGCUGGCUAGCAUUUCUCCUCGGUUUCUCAGCGUCGCUGGGGCACUCCAGGCUCAGCCCCGCAGUUUCCCCAGGUGGGGCGCCGAGCUCCAAGACCCUAGAGCUCAGGUCAGGGCGCGGCGCCCCGGGCCACCGUGGGCUUUCGCAGGGUCUACGGAGAGACGCUGGGGGUGUCCGGAGGUGUCACUGCAGGAGAAGGAGGGGACGAAGCCUGGAAGAAGGCGGGUUCAGAGUGCUGCUCUGGCCUGGGCUCGGCGACCGGGGAGUAGCUCCUUCUGCUGUCACCCUCCCCACUUCCUUGCCUGGCCCCAUCCUCUGCACGCCUUGGCCCCCCGCCCCUGCCGUCAUCACGCUCCCGGUGGCUUCUCCUAGCUUGGUACUUUCCCGCAGAGCCAUCCUUCUGGACAAACUUUGAUGGGGAAUUUCACACCGAGCUGGAAAAAUGCCGGUUAUGAAAGGAUUAUUGGCUCCGCAGAAUACCUUUCUGGACACCAUCGCCACCCGUUUCGACGGAACACAUAGCAACUUCAUCCUGGCUAAUGCCCAGGUGGCAAAGGGGUUCCCCAUAGUCUACUGUUCCGAUGGCUUCUGUGAGCUGUCUGGGUUUGCACGAACUGAAGUCAUGCAGAAGAGCUGCAGUUGCAAGUUUUUGUUUGGUGUGGAGACCAACGAGCAGCUGAUGCUUCAGAUAGAAAAGUCCCUGGAGGAAAAGAUAGAAUUCAAAGGAGAAAUUAUGUUCUACAAGAAGAACGGGUCUCCGUUUUGGUGUCUAUUGGAUAUUGUUCCUAUAAAGAAUGAGAAAGGAGAUGUUGUCCUUUUUCUGGCCUCAUUCAAAGAUAUAACAGACACUAAAGUGAAGAUUACUUCAGAAGAUAAAAAAGAAGACAGAGCCAAAGGAAGAUCCAGAGCGGGGGCCCACUUUGACUCAGCCCGGAGACGGAGCCGAGCUGUCCUUUAUCACAUCUCGGGACACCUGCAAAGAAGAGAGAAGAACAAAUUGAAAAUAAACAAUAACGUGUUUGUAGAUAAACCAGCAUUCCCAGAGUAUAAGGUUUCUGACGCAAAAAAGUCCAAGUUCAUCCUGCUGCACUUCAGCACUUUCAAAGCUGGCUGGGACUGGCUCAUUUUGCUGGCAACAUUUUAUGUUGCCGUGACAGUACCUUACAACGUGUGUUUCAUUGGCAAUGAAGACCUGUCCACAACUCGGAGUACAACAGUCAGUGACAUUGCAGUGGAGAUUCUUUUCAUUAUAGAUAUUAUUCUAAAUUUCCGAACAACUUAUGUCAGCAAGUCUGGCCAAGUUAUCUUUGAAGCUAGAUCUAUUUGCAUCCACUACGUCACCACCUGGUUCAUCAUUGAUUUGAUUGCUGCCCUGCCCUUUGACCUCCUGUAUGCUUUCAAUGUCACAGUGGUGUCCCUUGUGCAUCUUCUGAAGACUGUCCGGCUGCUGCGUCUUUUGCGCCUCCUGCAGAAACUUGACCGUUACUCUCAGCACAGCACAAUCGUCCUCACCCUGCUCAUGUCCAUGUUUGCUCUCCUUGCACACUGGAUGGCAUGUAUCUGGUAUGUCAUUGGCAAAAUGGAGAGGGAGGACAACAGCCUUCUCAAGUGGGAAGUCGGCUGGCUUCACGAGCUGGGAAAGAGACUGGAGUCUCCGUACUAUGGCAACAACACGCUGGGGGGCCCGUCCAUCCGAAGUGCCUACAUUGCUGCCCUGUACUUCACACUCAGCAGCCUCACCAGUGUUGGGUUUGGGAAUGUGUCUGCUAACACGGACGCAGAGAAGAUCUUCUCCAUCUGCACUAUGCUGAUUGGAGCCCUGAUGCAUGCCUUGGUGUUUGGGAAUGUGACUGCUAUCAUACAGAGGAUGUACUCCAGAUGGAGUCUGUAUCACACCAGAACCAAGGACCUAAAGGAUUUCAUCCGUGUGCAUCACCUACCCCAGCAGCUCAAGCAGAGGAUGCUGGAGUACUUUCAGACAACCUGGUCAGUCAACAAUGGAAUAGACUCAAAUGAGCUUUUGAAAGACUUUCCGGAUGAGCUGCGCUCUGACAUCACAAUGCAUCUAAACAAGGAGAUCUUACAGCUGUCCCUGUUUGAAUGUGCCAGCCGGGGCUGCCUCAGAUCUCUGUCUCUCCACAUCAAAACGUCGUUCUGUGCUCCGGGGGAGUAUCUGCUGCGCCAGGGAGAUGCUCUUCAGGCCAUCUACUUUGUGUGCUCAGGGUCCAUGGAGGUUCUCAAAGACAGCAUGGUUUUGGCUAUUCUAGGGAAGGGGGAUUUAAUUGGAGCAAAUCUGUCAAUUAAAGACCAAGUGAUCAAGACCAAUGCUGACGUGAAGGCACUGACCUACUGUGAUCUUCAGUGCAUCAUCCUUAAGGGUCUUUUUGAGGUCCUGGGCCUUUAUCCUGAGUAUGCACACAAAUUCGUGGAAGACAUCCAGCACGACCUCACGUACAACCUUCGAGAGGGCCAUGAGAGCGACGUAAUAUCAAGAUUAUCAAACAAGUCGGCGGUCUCACAGGCAGAGCCCAAGGGGAAUGGAAGCAUCAACAAGAGACUCCCAUCCAUUGUGGAAGAUGAGGAGGAGGAGGAAGAGGUAGAGGAAGAGGAGACCACCUCCCUUUCUCCUAUCUACACAAAGAGAUCCUCUGUUUCACUCAACAAAAAGAUUGGAAGCAAUAAGAGCUAUCUAGGUUUAAGCUUAAAGCAACUAGCCUCAGGGACAGUACCAUUCCACUCCCCGAUUAGAGUCUCCACUGCCAACUCCCCUAAAAACAAGCAGGAGGCUGACCCACCUAACCAUGGCAGACGGAAAGAAAGGAACCUGAAAGUGCAGCUUGGCAGUCUGAAUAGCGCUGGAACCCCAGAGCUCAGUCCAAGGAUUGUCGAUGGAAUUGAAGAUGGCAACAGCAGUGAGGAAACUCAGACUUUUGACUUUGGCUCUGAACAAAUCAGGCCAGAGCCCAGAAUUUCCCCUCCCCUUGGAGACCCAGAGAUCGGAAAUGGUGUUUUGUUCAUCAAGGCUGAAGAAACCAAGCAGCAGAUAAACAAACUCAACAGUGAGGUAACAACAUUGACUCAGGAGGUCUCCCAACUAGGGAAAGAUAUGAGGAACGUCAUGCAACUUCUGGAAAACAUCUUGUCACCUCAGCAGCCAUCAAGGUUUUGUGCCCUGCAUCCCACUCCGAUGUGUCCUUCCAGAGAAAGCUUGCAGACCAGGGUGAGCUGGAGUGCUCACCAACCUUGCCUCCAUUUUCAGACAGGUGGAGCACAGCUUUAUCGUGGUAAUGUCACCUCUGACAUCUGGAGUGUGGAUCCCUCCUCUUUGGGAAGCAGCCCUCAAAGAACUGUAGCUCAUGAGCAAAACCCAGCAGAUAGUGAACUGCGUCAUUCUCCAAAGUUUGAUUAUUCCCCAUCCCACUGCCAGGUCAUCCAGGAAGGUCACUUGCAGUUCCUGAGGUGCAUUUCCCCCCAUUCUGACACCACGCUGACACCUUUGCAGUCAGUCUCGGCCACUCUCUCAUCCUCAGUCUGUUCCUCACCAGAAGCAUCCUUGCACCUCAUUCUCCCAAGCAGAUCAGAAGAGGGCAGCAUUACCCACAGACCUGUGAGUUCCUUCAGUUUGGAAAACUUACCAGGCUCUUGGGACCAAGAAGCAAUGAUGUCAGCCUCUACAGAGCCCUUGGAGAACUUUCCAAUAGAAAUUGUCACAAGCACAGCAGAUGCAAAGGACAGUGAAGCCAUAAAUGUAUGAUGUCAGCACAUAGGGCAGCUUCUGAUGCCUAAACUGCUGCCGCAUGACAGCUCUAGUUUGCCUUUGGGGCCUGGAGUAGGCAUGGGGCCUAAGCAAUGUUGGGAAUUCUGCAGAAAGGAGGACAAGGGGCCAGGGAAAGGCAGAUCCACCUCUACACUGUAGCAAACAAUUUCUAGAUCUUAGAAGCAUCAACACUAUUAACUUACUGGUCUGUUUGACAGACUUUGGUAACCAUCCAAAGACCCUGAGGGUCUGAAUAGAUAGAGAAUCCAGACAAAGAGUUUGCGGGUUACUUUUAUCCUACAUGGCUUUUGUGAAGUGCAGCAAAGAUUUUUCCUGAGUGCCUGGCUGUCACUCCUGAACAAUAUUCAUAGCACUGUCGGCCCUUGGGGAUGCAUGGAUCCUGCUGAUCUCCUCCUUUUUGUGAAGGCAGAGGGACAAUUAUCACUGCAUGUCAUCUCCUAGACAAUCAGUAAAAUAGAGUUGGUGGCCAGUGGUUACCUAACCGCGCGUUAUUUGCCAUGUAAAUGAAAAUGUCUUUAUUUAUUGAAAAAAGAAGCUAUUUUUAUAACCUUGGUAUGAAAUAUGUAUUUAAACUAUUUAUAAAAAAAUGAAUGUUUUCAUUUUGGUAAAAAAAAGCUUGCUGUUUUAAGAAGAAAUGCACUGCUAUUAUGUAUAGUAAAUCAAAGAUUAUUUAUCAUUAACAGGUUGUAGUCCAAAAGUAAUCACCUUUAAUCUGCAUGCAGUUUAGAAAACAGGAAAAAAAUGUGCCCUCGCACUUCUGGGCUACCAAAGGACAGCGGGCUCGUAUUUUAUUAAUGAAGUAAAAACGUGGACUCCAUGUGGACUCCGUGAAGUGUGGCCUGGUAACCAAGAGGGCUCCUCUUCUCUGCUGACUCAUGGGAUGCUGUGGAGCCCAGCAGCAGCUGUGACUGUCAGUCCUCUGAACACUGCAUCCUGUGGUUUAAGAGCCUAAAAUGUGUAUACUGUGUGAUCACAACCGACACUGAGCCACACUCUGGGUUCCAAACUAUGAAUGUAUCCUACCCUGGCUCCCCAUUUUAGGAGAGGCCAUGGAACAAGGUACAUCUCCAAAUGAGGCUGAGACUUGUGGGUUAUGACUGCUGGGCACACUAGCCACUUACACUGUCCAUGGUACUCCAUGCAACAUUGAACCUUUGAAGUUAAAGUUCCCCAUGGGGUUGGUAACAGGAGAAAGGAAACUCCAGGUUACAUGGCUAGGAUGCUCACAGAUAGAACCCAGAAUGUUUCCAGUACUUCACAUACACCAACAUGCAAAUUCCAAUGCUAUGUUUGGCAAUGAUGUAAAUUAAAGCUGUGUACUGUGUUUAAGGAUAUUCAGGCCUUCAUCUUUUCCAAUUUCCCUACAAGUCUAUACUCUGGAGCUCUUCUGGUCUUAUACCCAUGAAAGAGGAUAGACAAUGCAGAAUUUCAUCAUUAAAAAAUAUCGAAACAA